UUGAUUUCUUUGUUUGGGGUAAUGCUAUUGCACACAAUCACUUUGUUGGUCAUUUUGUGUUUUCAUGAGAUAGGAAGAAGAAGAAACGCAGAAGAACUGACCACAGUUAGGAAAGAUUAAUUGGACCACCAGCUAUGCUUGGAUCAAAUGUUGCUUAUUCUGAUGUCCUUCUUGAUUUAUAUGGCUGGUUAUGCAGAUUUGAUGGUAUCAGAUUGAAGACGAAUCCUUGAACCUCGAUGAGAUGCCCUUGAUGAUGUCAGAGGAGGCAUUUGAAAACGAUGAGAGUGACUAUCAGACGCUACCCAGAGCCAGAGUCAGUCAGACAUGUAGGGGACUGGGCUGGUUCCUCUGUGGUGGAUGGAAGGUCCUGUGCAGCAGCUGCUGUGAAUGUCUGGUUCACACAUGUCGCAGGAAGAAGGAGCUGAAGACUCGGACAGUGUGGCUGGGACAUCCCGAGAAAUGUGAAGAGAAGUACCCUAAAAAUGCUAUCAAGAACCAGAAAUAUAACAUUAUCACUUUUGUGCCAGGGGUUCUCUACCAGCAGUUUAAGUUUUUCCUCAACCUUUAUUUUCUGGUGGUGGCAUGCUCUCAGUUUGUUCCUUCACUAAAGAUUGGAUAUUUGUACACCUAUUGGGCCCCACUGGGCUUUGUUAUGGCUGUCACCAUGGCGAGAGAAGCAGUUGACGAAGUUCGCCGCUGCCGGAGAGAUAAAGAGAUGAACUCACAGCUGUACAGUAAACUUACUGUGAGAGGAAAAGUGCAAGUUAAGAGCUCAGACAUACAGGUUGGAGAUUUAAUCAUUGUGGAAAAGAAUCAAAGAAUACCCGCUGAUAUGAUUUUUCUGAGAACCUCCGAGAAGACAGGUUCAUGUUUUAUUAGAACAGAUCAGCUGGAUGGAGAGACGGACUGGAAACUGAGAAUCGCUGUUCCUUGCACUCAGAGACUUCCUGCUUUAGGGGAUCUCUUCUCCAUCAGUGCGUAUGUUUACGCCCAGAAACCUCAACUGGACAUUCACAGUUUCGAGGGGAACUUCACAAGAGAGGAUUGUGACCCUCCCGUCCACGAGAGCUUGAGUAUUGAGAACACCCUGUGGGCGAGCACUGUGGUGGCAUCUGGUACUAUCAUUGGUGUGGUGAUAUAUACCGGGAAAGAGACGAGAAGUGUGCUGAAUACUUCACAGUCCAAAAACAAGGUGGGGCUGUUGGACCUGGAGUUAAACCGCCUUACGAAAGCUCUGUUCCUGGCCCAGGUCGUUCUGUCUAUUGUUAUGGUUGCUCUGCAGGGCUUUCUUGGGCCCUGGUUUCGUAACCUCUUCCGUUUUGUGGUUCUGUUUUCAUACAUCAUCCCCAUCAGUCUGAGAGUAAACCUGGACAUGGGGAAGUCAGCGUACGGUUGGAUGAUAAUGAAGGAUGAAAAUAUUCCAGGUACUGUAGUUCGGACAAGCACUAUACCGGAAGAGCUGGGGCGUCUGGUAUACCUGCUCACAGACAAAACAGGCACUCUGACCCAGAAUGAGAUGGUCUUCAAGCGUCUCCAUCUUGGUACAGUCUCGUAUGGGACUGACACCAUGGAUGAGAUCCAGAGUCACAUCAUCCAGUCCUACGCUCAGGUGAACUCGGCACAAUCCAAUGGCAGCAGUGCGAGUUCUACACCAUCACGGAAACCGCAGCCACCUGCGCCAAAGGUUCGGAAAAGCGUAAGCAGCAGAAUCCACGAGGCCGUGAAAGCCAUUGCCCUCUGCCAUAACGUCACUCCAGUGUACGAAUCCCAUGCUAAUGGCACCAGCUCAGAACCGGAGAGCACAGAGGCUGACCAGGACUUCAGUGAUGACAACCGCACAUACCAGGCCUCAAGCCCUGAUGAGGUGGCCUUAGUGCGCUGGACCGAGAGUGUGGGUUUGACUCUGGUCAACAGAGACUUGACAUCGCUGCAACUGAAGACCCCAGCAGGACACAUCCUGACCUACUACAUCCUGCAGAUCUUCCCUUUCACCUCUGAAAGCAAGCGAAUGGGUAUCAUUGUCCGGGUGCGUCUCAACACGGAGGAGGCUACUGGCGACAUCACGUUUUACAUGAAAGGAGCUGAUGUUGCCAUGGCGAGUAUUGUACAGUACAAUGAUUGGCUGGAGGAGGAGUGUGGGAAUAUGGCCAGAGAGGGCCUGCGGACACUGGUGGUGGCAAAGAAAUCAUUGACUGAAGAACAGUACCAAGACUUUGAGAGUCGUUAUAACCAGGCAAAGCUGAGUAUUCAUGAUCGUGCUCUGAAGGUGGCAGCAGUGGUGGAGAGUUUGGAGAGGGAGAUGGAGCUUCUGUGUCUCACUGGAGUGGAAGAUCAGCUGCAGGCCGAUGUUAGACCCACACUGGAACUCCUCCGCAAUGCUGGGAUCAAGAUUUGGAUGUUGACAGGAGACAAGCUGGAAACUGCUACAUGUAUCGCCAAAAGCUCACAUUUGGUUAACAGAAGCCAAGACAUCCACAUCUUCAGACCGGUAUCCAAUCGCGGUGAGGCUCAUCUAGAGCUGAACGCCUUUAGGAGGAAACACGACUGUGCGCUGGUCAUCUCAGGAGAUUCUCUGGAGGUGUGCUUGCGGUACUACGAGCAUGAGUUUGUGGAGCUGGCAUGUCAGUGCCCCGCUGUGGUUUGCUGUCGCUGCUCUCCCACGCAGAAAGCUCAGAUUGUUCGAUUGCUACAACAGCACACGGCCAACAGAACAUGUGCCAUAGGUGAUGGAGGAAAUGAUGUCAGUAUGAUCCAAGCUGCAGACUGUGGUAUUGGUAUUGAAGGGAAGGAGGGAAAGCAGGCAUCUCUGGCCGCAGAUUUCUCCAUAACCCAGUUUAAGCACAUCGGCAGACUGCUGAUGGUACAUGGACGCAACAGCUACAAACGCUCGGCAGCUCUCGGACAGUUUGUCAUGCACCGUGGCAUGAUAAUCUCCACCAUGCAGGCUGUGUUUUCCUCAAUUUUCUACUUUGCAUCUGUUCCUCUGUAUCAAGGCUUCCUCAUGGUGGGUUAUGCCACCAUGUACACCAUGUUCCCUGUCUUUUCUUUGGUGCUGGACCAGGAUGUGAAGCCAGAGAUGGCUUUGCUCUAUCCUGAGCUCUAUAAAGACCUCACCAAGGGUCGCUCCCUGUCCUUUAAGACCUUCCUGAUUUGGGUUUUGAUAAGUAUAUAUCAAGGGGGCAUUCUGAUGUACGGGGCCCUGGUGCUGUUCGAUCAGGAGUUUGUGCAUGUGGUGGCGAUUUCCUUCACUGCUCUUAUCCUGACAGAGCUGCUGAUGGUGGCGUUGACCAUCCGCACUUGGCACUGGCUCAUGGUGGUCGCCGAGCUCAUCAGUCUGGGCUGCUACCUUGCCUCCCUCGCCUUUCUCAACGAGUAUUUUGAUCUUUCGUUUAUCACAACACGGGUGUUUUUGUGGAAGGUGUGUGCCAUCACGCUGGUCAGCUGUCUGCCGCUUUACAUCCUAAAAUAUCUGAAGCGGAAGUUCUCCCCACCCAGUUAUUCCAAACUCUCCUCCUGAGCGUUCCAUACUUCUAAACAGAUACAAAGUUCCAUAAGUGCUUUAUGAUGCUGUCUAUGUAUGCUUAUUCAAUGACAUAAUGUGACACUUAUGUAUGUUUAUAUGGACAAAGAUGGUCGUUUAGAGUGGGACAUGGGACAGUUGUAGGGGAAGAUGGUGAGUAGUGAGUACUUGAAGAGACUAAAGCACAAAAAGAGACCAAGAUGGAACAAAAGGAAAAUGAGGAAACCAAAGGGUUGUUUAGGGGGACCCCACACUGGAAUGACAGACCCAAACCUGUCAUUUUUGCUAAAAAUGUAUAUAAAUGUUAAAUCAGCAUUACAUUUUUUUUUUUUUUUUUUUUUUGAAGCCUAUAGAUUUUUUAAAUGUUUUUUAUUGAUGGGGUACAAUGAUGUUUAUCGAGACCAUUUGAGCUAUAAUGUAUGCCUCAUCAGUAGUAUCCUUUCCAUACUCAUCAGCACUUUUCCUUAAUUUUUGGCACUUACUGCACUACAUUAUUAAAGGGAUAAUUCACCCCAAAAUGAAAAUUUGUUAGCAUGUACUCACCCUCAUAGUGUUCGAAAGCCGUAUGACUUUCCACAAAAGAAGUAAAUGGCAUGAUGGCAAGUAAAUUAAAGACUAACCCUUGUACUUUGUAAUUAAUGUGGUCGGGAGGGGGUGGGGACUCAUAAAAUAAUUGAGUUGUGAUUUGAAUGUUUUGCUUGCAUGAGUGUUGCAUACUGAAGUUGAAUAUGGGCAGCUCUGAUGUCUUGUGCUACUGUUGCGUUGUGGCUGCUGCUGCUAUAUGAUCCUGCUGCAAAUCUGUGUAAAUGUAAGCUGGAGCAAAGCAAGAGUUUUUACAGUAGGAACUAUUUGUUCUGGGAACAGCUUUAACCUAAAUGGACACAGCCAUUGUAUUAAAGAGAGAGUUCCCCAUAAAUGCAAUUCUGUCAUCCUUUACUCACCCUCAUGUUGUUCCAAACCUGUAUGACUUUCGUCAGAGGAACGGAAAAGGAGGCAGAAUGUUUGGGACUGGAAGCCUCCAUCACAAUGAAAGAGACUUAACAUUCUGUCUAACAUUUCCUUUUGUGUUCCUCUGAGGAAAGUCAUACAAGUUUGGAAAUGACAUGUGGGUGAGAAUUUUCAUUUCUGGGUGCACUAUCCCUUUAAAAUGACAUUUUACAAGUCUGUAAUCCUUUAAAAUGAUAAAUUCUUUGUUUUUUAGAGCGGUAACUUGACUGACAUUUUGAGUGACUACAUGACUUUGUUACUCAUUGUUGAAUCCCACCUCUUGACAUAGAACCAGGACUUGAUUGUAGUAUUUUCUUGGAAUUGGUGUUAUGAACUAAUGACUUUUAUAAGAUUGUAAAAACUGAAAACAAAUGUAUUAGAUAGGAUUUACUAAGCUGCCAAGAGAUAUGCCAUAAUUUUGUAGUUCUAAAAUGGAGUAUGGCACUCGCUUGCUAGCUUUUUCAUAGUUUAGGAAAGGUGAGAGUUUCCUUUUUAUACACAAUGGCACAUUACAGUCAGCAAUAAUGUUGGAGUUUCACGAUUUUUUGAGGACAUUCACGGAAGAAGUACUUGUUGCACUGACCCCCCCCCCCCAAUUACUGUGCUUACGAUGUAUAUAGUUCGCUCAGUAAUGUGUAAGAUCUUGCCUAAAGUAGUUGGCCGGUAUGUGGAAUGAGUUUUAUCAUUCACUUUAUUUUCUAUACUGUGUGCAUGCGUGUUUACAAUACUGAAUGAGACAAUGCCAAGCACAUAUAUGUGCCAUAUGCUGUUCUUUUCUCGCUGUGCAUAAUGAUGGAAUUCUGUUUGGCUUGGAAAAAAUUGGGUUGUAUUGUACUUCACUCAGGAAAAUCACUAACUGAAUUCUUCGCCUGCUGUAUAAAAACCUUAAAUUAACCUUGUGAGAGCCUAACAACAAUAGCUUAUUUAUUAUUUGUGUUUGUGUACUCUGUUGCUCUGGCAUUUUUUUUUUUUUUUUAACUGAGUGAUACAUUAUUGAAAAAUUUGUGGUAUUUCUAUAGUAUUGUUACUGCAACAGUGGCUGCAGCUUCUGUGAGUGUACUCUCAAUGUAAUCAGCACUGCGGUUUAAUCAGUAUAUUUAUACAUUUUAUUUUUAUUUACAAUUGAUAUUAGUGUCUAAUUAAAGAGCAGUUUGUUUCCAAA